AUGAAGCUCACCACCGCCUUCCUGGUGCUCUGCGUGGCCCUGCUCAGCCAGUGCACUGCAGCCUUCUUCAUGAACAAGAUGGCCAAGCCUGUGGCCCCAACUGAAGCUGCCCUUGCCCCUGCCAUGGAGGAUGGGGCCGGGGCCGGGACUGUGGCCUACCCCUUUUUCAAGGGCUUCAAUCCCGUGAAGUUCGUGCUGGCCAGCCUGGGCAUCCCUGUGGAUCACCUGGUGGAGGGCUCCAGGAAGUGUGUGGCUGAGCUGGGCCCAGAGUCCAUGGGGGCCAUGAAGGCACUACUGGGAGCCCUGACAUUCUUUGGCUGA